AUGCAAGACGAGUACUUCGUGCUUUGGAUGGGGACUUGGCCGAGCAGUAUCGAUUGGACCGCGGCUGUUUUGGGAACACAUGUCGCCGCCACACUCUCUUCCUUUACCUCCAGCGUCUCUGAGCUCGACAAGGCACCCUCAGAGGACUGGUCUUUUGCUGCACUUGAGAACACGAUCAAUCAAUUUUUCAGUCACACCACUACGUUUUACUUUGGCGAGAAUGCUUUCAGUCUCAGAAAUCAAGCCUACGACGAUAUGCUCUGGGUCGUGCUGGACUGGCUAGAAAAUGUCAAAUUCCAAGACUUGCACUCGGAUCUGCAUUAUUCAUCUGGCAGGUCGUCCGACAAUUCUACAGGUGAGGAAUGGUACGGCACACAAUUCCGCAACUCAGCUGCACACCGAGCACGUAUCUUCUGGGAGCUGGCCUCGACCGGAUGGGACAAGACUCUCUGCAACGGUGGGAUGAUUUGGAAUCCGAGCCUGAUACCGUACAAGAACGCCAUCACAAACGAACUUUUCAUCUCCGCAAGCAUAGCAAUGUACUUAUAUUUCCCAGGCGACCCCAUUGACGCACCGUUCGUCGCCACUUCGACUAGCAAUGCACCUAAGAAGGAGAAUCCGCAUAACACGACACAUUUGAAAGCUGCCAUUGAUGCAUAUGCAUGGCUGAAGAAGUCGAACAUGACGGGCAUCUACGGCCUCUACGCUGAUGGCUUCCACAUCAGCGGCUGGCAAGGCUCGUCGAACCCUGGAUCGCGGAAAUGUGAUAUUCUCAACAAGAUGGUCUUCUCCUACAACCAGGGAGUCAUUCUCAGCGGGCUGAGAGGUCUCUGGCUAGCCACCAGCUCAAUGAGUUACCUCGACGACGGUCAUGAUCUGAUCAAAAAGAUUCUUCUUGCCACCGGGUGGCCGCAGAUCUCAUCAACCAAGUGGGCCGGCCUGGGACGUGGCGGUGUGAUGGAAGACACAUGUGAUUCCCACGCAAGCUGCUCGCAGGACGGACAGACAUUCAAGGGCAUUUUCUUCCAUCAUCUGACAGAGUUCUGUCGGGACUUGCGACCACAAGAGGAGACAUUCCUCGCAAGCAAGAAGGCUCCUGACGUGGAUCAUGAUUGGGAUGAGGUGUACAGCCAGCAUCUCAAGACAUGCCAUUCCUAUGGUCCCUGGAUUGAACAUAAUGCGCGGGCUGCGCUCAUGACUCGUGACGAAAAAGGCAAGUUCGGCAUGUGGUGGGGACUUCCCUUCAACCGAUCUACUGUCUCCGAUGAGCUUGUGAAUAGUAGCACUCUCCCUGAUGGUGCUGUGGACUACAUCAACGAGGGGGCCAUGGCGGAUACGGAAACUUUCGGCCCGGGAGUGCCGCGGGACUUCAAUGAUCGUGGCCGUGGCCGUACCGUUGAGACCCAAUCUGGCGGUGUUGCGGUGCUGAGAGCACUGCUCCAGUGGCAGACCAGCGAUGAGGCUUCAUGA